AUGGAGGUUCUAUAUAACAACCAAGAAAUGUAUUUAAGAGUUACAGUACUCUUAAAAGAUAAAGGAGUUUAUUCUGAUACAUUCGUGGCCGGUCGUUGCAAAUGGCGCCUACUCGCGUAUCCCUUGGCUUAUGAUUUUGGUUAUUAUUUCUCUCUGUCUGUACUCUGUAUUCCUAAUUCUGAAUCUUUGCCUUCGGGAUGGAGAAGAGACGCUAAAUUUUCCUUUACUUUGGUAAAUCAAGUUACAGGAGAACGCUUCCAUCAGAAAGAAAGAGAAUACUGGUUUGAUCAAACGCACACAUCACUGGAUAAUUAUAAGUUUUACCUUCCCGAGUCUAUGAUAUUCGAUGAAGUCAAGAUUGUUGCAGAAGUAGAUGUUCUCGAAGUUAUUGGUGAAGUAGAUGUGCCAGAGGAAACUAAGGGUAGCAUUGAUAUCAAUGGGUUUCAAGUUCCUGCUUCACAGGUAGAAUAUGUUAAAAGCCUUUUUAAAAAGCACCCAGGCUUUGUAUCAAGACUCUGUCCCAAGAACCCACAUCUGAGAAAAGCAUAUUUGAAUGUUAUACUAAGUCUGACUACUGAGACUCUGAGCAAGUCCCCUGAUGAACUCUCCAAUGGGGAUUUGGCGGACGCAUAUUCUGCACUACGAUUUGUGACAAAUGCAGGGUUUAAGUUGGAUUGGUUGGAGAAGAAACUGAAAAAGACUGGUGAGACUCGGCUGCAAGAAAUUGAGCAAGAGUUGGAGGACUUGAAGGUGAAGCGUGCAGACAUCUUACAAUGGUAGUUAAGAGU